CUCUGUAUUAGACCUUGUAGUACGCUUACCUAGAUCUGAGAGGGACUUUCAGGAUAGAACAUGAUUCCAUGUGGAUGGCUCAUGAACAAAAAUGAGAAACACGAUGAUAAACUGGUAAUGUUCACCAAUCAAUCUGAAGAUUCUGAAAGAUGUGAAAGCAUGGAGCUGGACAAAAGAAUCCAGGAUCUGAUUGAGAGAAAUGCUUCUCCUCAUCCAAAACGGUUCACCCCAGAGGCCAUGCCAACUCACAGAAAUCUAUGUUCUCCAAAGACUCCAGGAAAAACAGCUUCCAUGGCACAUUUUGUACAGGGCACAUCUAGAAUGACUGCUGCAGAAAGUUCUACGGGGCAUAAAGAGUGUGCUGAAUCAUCAACAAGAAAGAACUUGACGAAUUCUCUUGAACAAAAGAUAAGGUGUUUGGAAAAACAGAGGAAAGAGCUCCUGGAAGUUAACCAGCAAUGGGAUCAGCAAUUUAGAAGUAUGAAAGAGUUAUAUGAAAGAAAGGUAGCAGAGCUGAAGACGAAACUGGACGCCGCAGAAAGAUUCCUCAGCACGCGGGAGAAGGAGCCGCAUCAGAGGCAGACGGAGGACGACAGGCAGAGAGAGGACGACAGGCAGCGCGACCUGACCCGGGACCGACUGCUGCGGGAGGAGAAGGAAAAGGAACGCCUAAAUGAAGAAGUACAUGAAUUGAAGGAAGAGAAUAAACUUUUAAAGGAAAAAAAUACUCUUGUGAACAAGGAGAAGGAACAUUACGAAUGUGAAAUAAAACGCCUCAAUAAGGCUCUUCAGGAUGCCUUGAAUAUCAAGUGUUCAUUUUCCGGGGACUGUUUGAGGAAGUCUCGAGUGGAAUUCUGCUAUGAGGAGAUGAGAACAGAAAUGGAAGUUCUGAAGCAGCAGGUGCAAAUAUACGAAGAAGACUUCAAAAAGGAACGAUCGGAUCGAGAGAGACUUAAUCAAGAGAAAGAGGAGCUACAGCAAAUUAAUGAAACUUCCCAAUCCCAGUUGAACAGGCUGAAUUCCCAGAUAAAAGCUUGUCAGAUGGAGAAAGAAAAACUAGAAAAGCAAUUAAAACAGAUGUAUUGCCCAACCUGUAACUGCGGCUUCGUUUUCCACCUGCAAGAUCCAUGGGUACCAACAGGACCUGGAGCUGUGCAGAAGCAAUGGGAGCGCCCACCAGACUAUCAGUGGUAUGCUUUUGACCAGCUUCCGCCAGAUGUACAACACAAGGCAAAUGGUUUAUCCUCAGUAAAGAAAGUCAAUCAGUAGAAGUACACACUAACAGAGAGGGACAACAGGCAACGAGGGAGCGUGGCUGAGGACCCUCUUCUUUGUUUAUACUGAGGCUUGUUUCUGCCACAAAGGCACAUCAUCUACCCUGUUAUUUGUGCCUGGUCAUGUUUUCCUUUGGCAUGAAUACAGGAAAAGUCUUCUGACAGCUGAGAUCCUGAUCAAAUCGGAGGAGCCAGUUAUUAUACAACCAAAUACAACUUCCAGUUUCCUUGAAAUGAGACUUGGCAGAUGGAUGAUGCACGACUCCCUGAAAAUCUCUUCAGCAUAUUGCUGUUGGAUGCACGAAAAUGAUUCUAUGAUUUAAGCAACUCAGUGUUUGCUGCAGGGAUAUUGUAUGUUGAUUUGAAGUGCGUAUAUACGUGUGUGUGUGUGUGUGUGUGUUUCCUGGGGUAAAAAUUUCUGCAGUUGUAAAUUUUUAGCAUUGCUCCCAAUCUUCUUCCACAGGGCCUUAGUUCUUUUUUUUUUUUUUUUUUUUUUUGAGACGGAGUCUCGCUCUGUCGCCCAGGCUGGAGUGCAGUGGCACAAUCUCGGCUCACUGCAAGCUCCGCCUCCCGGGUUCACGACAGGGCCUUAGUUCUUUUUUUUUUUUUUUUUUUUUUUUUGAGACAGAGUCUCGCUCUGUCGCCCGGGCUGGAGUGCAGUGGCGCAAUCUCGGCUCACUGCAAGCUCCGCCUCCCGGGUUCACGACAGGGCCUUAGUUCUUUAGCUAUUUGACUACAUAUUGUUGACCUCAGUGAUCCUAAACGUAGAAUUGAAGAGGUGUAUAUACCUCGUUAAAUUAAAUAAGUGGUUCAGUCUGAAUAAAAUGGUAAAUUGGAAGCUAUUCCUUAGACAGAUCAUUUCUUUAAGAUGGUGAGAAAUUGUGGGCCUGCUUCACAAGAAUUGAUUAUGAAAGAUAAAGUCUUGGGCUGGGUGUGGUGGCUCAUGCCUAUAAUCCCAGCACUUUGGGAGGCAGAGGUGGGUGGAUUGCUUGAGGCCAGGAGUUCUAGACCAGCCUGGUCAGCAUGGUGAAACCCCAUCUCUACUACAGAUACAAAAAUUAGCCAGGCUCGUGGCACACACCUAUAAAUCCAGCUACUCAGGAGGCUCGAGGUGGGAGGAUCACUUGAGCCCAGAGAGGCAGAGGUUGUGGUAAGUUGAGAUCGCCACUGCACUCCAGCCUGGGAAAUAGAGUGAGCAAGACUCAGUACCCCCUACCCACCCACUCCACACCAUCAAAAAAAAAUAAAAAAGGAAGACAAAGUCCUGAUGGGAUGAUGAUGGCUAUAUGGCUAUGCUGUGUCCAUAUAUACUUACAGAAAUAUUUCAGACAUAUGGAUUAUAGUUAAAUCUGUGUUUUUCCUUCCUAUGGAUUUGAUUAAUUUUAAUGAAAAACUUAAUUCUGACUUCUCAAGCCAAUUAAAAUGAAAAUGGAAUUUAUUGAAAUUUUAUUGCAAUUAAAUCUUAUAGUGGCAUGACAGAUGUCUAAAGAUUAAGCAGAUUUAGAAGUAUUAA